AAAAUGGGGAGAACUCCUUGCUGUGGGAAGGUUGGAUUGAUGAAGGGGACAUGGACCCAAGAAGAAGAUCAGACGCUCAUAGCUUACAUCGAGAGAAAUGGACCCGGCAACUGGCGUGAUCUUCCUAAAAAUGCAGGCUUAUUAAGGUGUGGAAAGAGUUGCAGAUUCAGGUGGAUGAAUUAUCUGAAACCAGAUAUUAAAAGAGGGAACUAUAGCAGGGAAGAGGAAGAAACUAUCAUCGAAUUACAUGAUUUGCUUGGUAAUAGAUGGUCUACGAUCGCGGCAAGAUUACCAGGUAGAACGGACAAUGAAAUUAAAAACGUUUGGUAUACUCACCUGAAAAGGCGGCAGAAACAAUCAAGCAGCAAUUCCUUGAAUUGCAACAAGAUUAUCAUGGAAAAUUAUAUUGAAUUGUCUGCGAUGGUCGAACCAUUGCUUCAAUUGCAGUUCUCUCCCGUUCUGAAUGGAGAUUCCGAGUGUCCAAGUGAUCCCUACCACCACGACAAUCUCAGAAGUUUUUGGUUAAAUCUGUUGAAGGAAGCGGGAGAGUAUGGAGAGGAUCGGACGAUCUGGUCGCGUUUAUGA